AUGGCCACACCCUUUACUCAAUUUGUAAAUCGUCAGAAUGAACCACCUAAUCAAGUUCAACAAAUGCAUCCAUCUGUUGAUCAGUUGAACAGAAUUGAAUUUCAACAAGAUCUUGAAAAUACUAACACAACAACUUUUCAACACCGAAUGAAUAGUCCUUUUCAAUUUAUUAAUUCUCAAUCUGUGAUAAGAGAAAGUCAACCUUUACAUAGAGAAGAAGGAGAUCAGCCUGUUGCUAUUUCUAGUGAAGAUAUUUUUAUUGACUUGAAUGAAACUUCAACGAGCUCGUCAAUUAUACAAUCAGACACUCAUAAUACAGAGGAAAGAAGGUGCUGGAUUUGUUAUGGAGAGGAGAAUGAUAGUAUUGGAAAAUGCCCACAAUGCAAAGCACUAUAUCGUUUAAACGAACAUACUCCUCUUAUAUUGAGAGUAAUGUCAUUUGUAGAUAAUUCAAUUCAAGCAUUAAUUCCAUAUUUCACAAUUUUUGGUUUAACCUUUGCAGUAGUAAUUACAAAUGUUCAUUAUGGAGCAUAUGCAAUGGUCACAAUGCUUGGUCUUGAAAAUGGUCACCAUCUUUUAAAUGAACCAUGGAUACCAAUUUUACUUAUAUUUUCAAGAGCUCGUAUUGCAGAUCCAGUUAUGCCACUUAUCCCAAUGUUUUUAGUUAGGAUGAAUCAUUUGAGAAUGACAAUGCCACCAAAUCCGUCACUCACGAUUUCAUUUUUACCAUGGAUCAGGAUAAUAUAUAAUUGGACGUAUCAAUAUUUAUUUGGUAGGAUGGAAUUAAACUGGAGAAGACAGAUCGAACCAUACACAUUUUCAACACAAAACGAAAAUGGAGAGGAUGACAAUAAUAAUAAUGUACAACAGCAAUAUGAUCAAGAUAUGUCAGAUCGUUUGGAUAGAAAUAAUGCAGGACGUAAAAUUGUUGGAGCAUUAUUUUUACCAUGUUAG